GUCUGUGUGGUGUGAUGAGUGUGUGUGUUUGAUCCCCGAGACAGACAGGUUGUCCGACGCUGUCCCUCCCUGUCCCGCUCCCGGCGGCCGGUGCCGGACGCGGAGACGCCUCUCUGGCUCCGCUCCUCGCCACCGCCCCCGCCGCUUUGCUUUACCACCUCCUCUCCUGUGCUGUGCAUUCAUCAAAGCUCCGAACGAAUGCGCGUUUCUCUUUCCGCAUGCAUUUGAUUAAUCUGCAACACAUACCAGUCCAGCUAUAAAGCCUGCCUCGCCUCGUCUUCCCCACACUCCACUCCACUGCCUGCUGGCGGCUGCUGCUUCCUUCCAGAUCUAGGGGAUCAAGCAACCAGCCUUCCCCGCGCCGCCAGCAAUGGCGGCACCCCCGCCCGCGCCGUUCCUCCUCCUGCUCGCCGUGGCAGCAGCGUCGCUCGCCGGCGCCGACGACCCUUACCGCUACUUCACCUGGACCGUCACCUACGGGCCAAUCAGCCCGCUCGGCACCACGCAGCAGGGCAUCCUGAUCAACGGCCAGUUCCCGGGCCCGCGCAUCGACUGCGUGACGAACGACAACCUGGUGGUGAACGUGGUCAACAGCCUGGACGAGCCGUUCCUGCUCACCUGGAACGGCGUCAAGCAGCGCAAGAACUCGUGGCAGGACGGGGUAGCGGGCACCAACUGCGGCAUCCCGCCGGGCGCCAACUACACGUACCGCUUCCAGGCCAAGGACCAGAUCGGAACCUUCUUCUACUUCCCGUCCCUGGCCCUGCACCGCGCCGCGGGCGGCUUCGGCGCGCUCAACGUGUACCAGCGGCCCGCCAUCCCGGUGCCCUACCCGCCGCCGGCCGGGGACUUCACGCUGCUCGUCGGCGACUGGUACGCCGCCGCGUCCCCGCACGCGGACCUCCGGCGCGCGCUGGACGACGGCGGCGGCGGAGCGCUCCCGCCGCCCGCCGCGCUGCUCAUCAACGGCGCCGCCGCGUCCGGGGCCGCGCCGUUCGUCGGCGCCCAAGGCGGGACGUACCUGUUCCGGGUGUCCAACAUCGGGCUCCGCGCCUCCGUCAACGUCCGGGUGCAGGGCCACGCGCUGCGGCUGGUGGAGGUGGAGGGCACCCACCCGGUGCAGAGCGCCUACGACUCGCUCGACGUCCACGCGGGCCAGUCGCUGGCGUUCCUCGUCACGCUGGACCAGGCGCCGCUGGACUACGCCGUGGUGGCGUCCACGCGCUUCGCCGCCGCCGAGCUCACGGCCGUCGCCACGCUGCAUUACGCGGGGGCCACGGCCCGCGCGCCCGGCCCGCUGCCGCCGGCCCCGCCGCCCGGCUACGGCUGGUCGCUGGGCCAGGCGCGGUCGUUCCGGUGGAACCUCACGGCCAGCGCGGCGCGCCCCAACCCGCAGGGCUCCUUCCACUACGGCGCCAUCCCGACGUCCAGGACGCUGGUGCUGGCCAGCUCCGCUUCCCUCGACGGCGCCGGGCGUAGGCGCUGCGCCGUCAACGCCGUGUCCUUCGUCGUGCCCGACACGCCGCUCAAGCUCGCCGACAGAUACGACAUCGCCGGCGUCAUCGACUGGGACGGCCUCCCCGCGCGGCUCGACGGCGCCGCGGCGGUGCCGCGCGCCGGGACGCCCGUGCUCAGGCUCGGCCUGCACGAGUUCGUGGAGGUGGUGUUCCAGAACACGGAGGAGGAGCUGCAGUCGUGGCACCUCGAUGGAUACGACUUCUGGGUUGUAGGGUACGGCGAUGGCCAGUGGAAUGAGACGCAGCGGCAGACGUACAACUUGGUGGACGCGCAGGCAAGACACACCGUUCAGGUGUACCCCAACGGGUGGUCGGCGAUCCUGGUGUCGCUGGACAACCAGGGGAUGUGGAACCUGCGGUCGGCGAUGUGGGACCGGCAGUACCUCGGGCAGCAGCUCUACCUCAGGGUGUGGACGCCGGAGCAGAGCCUCUCCAACGAGUACGCCAUCCCCGCCAACGCCAUCCUCUGCGGGAAGGCCGCCGCCCUCCCACACUGACACGACGACGUUCAGCAGCCAUACUACUGCCUGCUCCAUUCGACCAACCAAGU